AUGGCAACGCAAACCACCCUCAAGCCACCCUCUGCCGAGGUGCUCAAAAAAUACCCACUGGGAAAGAUUGAGCCGUAUUCGACUAAAUACUUCGCUGCAUGCAUGCUGGGUGGUGUUGUAGCAUGUGGUCCUACACAUACCCUUGUCACGCCUCUCGAUCUCGUCAAAACCCGCCGUCAAGUCGACCCCAAGAUCUAUAAAUCAAACCUUCAAGGUUGGAGUUCCAUCUAUGCAAAAGAAGGCGUGCGUGGUGUGUUCUUCGGCUGGACCCCGACGUUCGUCGGCUACUCCUUCCAAGGCCUCGGAAAAUAUGGCUUCUACGAAGUCUUCAAGCACCAGUAUGGCGACAACAUGUUCCCCAACAGCAACCGCACGCUGGUUUACUUGGGCGCCAGCGCCACGGCGGAGUUCAUUGCAGACGUGCUCCUGUGUCCAUGGGAAGCCAUCAAAGUCCGCAUGCAGACGACACUGCCUCCAUACGCGGACAACUUGCGUGAGGGAUGGACCAAGAUCGUCGACAAGGAGGGCAUUGCUGGGCUGUACAAGGGUCUUUACCCUCUCUGGGGCCGUCAAAUCCCGUACACGAUGUGCAAGUUCGCAACCUUUGAAGAGACUGUCAAGCUCAUCUAUCGACAACUCGGCAAGCCCAAGGAGAGCUACAACAGUCUGCAGCAGACCGGUGUGAGUUUUCUGGCUGGUUAUAUUGCCGGUAUUGCUUGCGCCAUUGUCAGCCAUCCUGCCGAUGUCAUGGUCAGCAAGUUGAACUCUGACCGCCAAGCUGGCGAAUCCGCAGGAAAAGCCAUGAGUCGAAUCUACGGCAACAUCGGAUUCACGGGUCUGUGGAACGGUCUACCAGUCAGAAUCGUCAUGAUCGGUACAUUGACGGGAUUCCAAUGGCUGAUCUAUGAUUCCUUCAAGGUCUGGCUCGGUCUCCCGACAACUGGUGGUCACUAG